AUGUCCAACCAAAGACAAGCCUCCUCCGCCUCGCAAACCCCGCACCUCUCCCCAGCCGAACUCUCCUACCUCUACACCUCCCUCUCGCUACCGAAAUCCCCCAUCCGACCUGAUGGCCGCUCACCAACCCAAUUCCGCCCCUUGACAGCCGAGUCGAACAUCCUCCCCGGAACGAACGGGAGUGCGCGCAUUGGGUUCGCGGACGGGACGCAGGCUAUCGUCGGCGUGAAGGCGGAGGUUGAGAAGACGGUUUUGUCGACUGAUACGCUUGCUUCGAGUGAAGUUGGAGAAGGGGAGGAUUCGACUUCGACUUCGGCUGCGGCUUCGGGUCAUGGUUCUUGGGUGCAGAUGUCUAUUGAGAUUCCUGGGUUUCGGGAUGAUGAUGCGCUGCCGGUGUUUUUGUCGGAGAUGAUGCGUGAGUCGUUGGUGGGUUCUGUUGCGGAUGGAGGUGGUGAUGGUGAUGGUGAUGUGACGAUGGCUGGUGGGUUAAAGGGGAGAUUGGUUAUUAAUAAACGGUGGCACUGGCGGUUGUAUAUUGAUGUCUUGCUUCUUUCUCAACCACUCUCAUAUCCACUGCCGCUGCUCUCUCUAACGACCCAUCUCGCACUUCUGUCGACCAAAUUGCCAAAGCUGAAGUCGCAAGGCGAGGAAGAUCCCUUCUUCGACGACGACUGGGAGGUUGCGGAGUAUCUGUACCCGCGCAGUUCGAACCUCAAGGCUGCUGGCAAUGCCUCACAACAUGUUCGACCCCCGGUGACCCUGCUUGUUAUCUCCGUCGGCGAGAAUGUCAUUUUCGACCCGAGUCGGGAAGAAAUCGCCUUCUUGCCAUCUCCGUUACUGAGGGAUACGGAGGCUGGUAAUUUGAAAUUGCUUUCUAUACGCACCGUCGACCCGCCUUCUCGUCUCACGCAGCCUGCUGUGCCUAAUUCUGAGAAUGUGAAUAUGCUCGGUGCUACGGCUCCUACGGAGGAUAUUGCUGUUUUGAACCCGGCGACUGGGGAAGAGGAGGUUCCUGGUGUGUGGAGGCCGAGGCGCGGUGGUGUUAAGCGCAGUGUUAUUGCGAAUAUGAUCAAGACUGUGCUGAAGAAGGGUGGGGUUGGUGAAGAAGUGCUGGAGGGAUUGGAGGGUGUUGAGGUAGAAUGA